AUGGGCUGGGGGUGGUGUGGGGUUGAGUGGUGGGGUGGGGGGAGGGGGGGGCUGAGGGGGGGUGGUGUGGGGGGGGGCGUGGAGUGGGGGGGCGGUUGGAGUGCGUUGGGGGGGGUGUGGAGUUGUUUGUUGUGGGUGGGGUGGUGGUGGUGGUGGGUUGAGGGGGGGGGUUGGUUGGGGUGCGGGUGUGGGGUGGUGGCGGGUGUUGUGUGGGGGUGGGUGGUAGGGGGGGUUGUGGGGGUUGCGGCAGGGGGGGGGGGGGGGCGUGUGGGGUGGGGGGGGGUUGGGGGUGGGGUGGGUGUUUGGGGGUGUGUGGGUGUGAUGGUCGGUGGGGGUGGGGGUGGGGGGGGAGGUGUGGCAUGUGGGUGGGGGGGGGGGGGGGUGGGUCGUGGGCUGGGGUGGUCGGGGUGGUUGUGGGGGGGGUGUGGGGGUGGGGGGGGAGGGCGGGGGUGGGGGGAGGGGGGGGGGGCCGGGUGGGAGGGGGGGGGGUGGUUGGGGGGGGGGGGGGGGUGGUGGAUUGGUGGGGGGUGGGGGGGCGGGGGGGUGGGGUCGGGUGCGGGGCUGGACGGGGGGGUGGAGUGGGGUGGGGGGGGUGUACCGGUGGGGGGGGGGUGGGUGGUUGGUGGGGGGGUGGUGUUUGGGGUGGUUGAUGGGGGGAGUGGGGGGAGGGGGUGGGGUGGCCGGUGUGGGGGGGGGAAGGGGGUGGCGGGUAGGGGGGUGGGUGUGGGGCGCUUGUGGGUUGGGUGGUUGGUGUCGGGGUGUGCGUGUGGGGAGUGGGUGUGGGGGGUGGGGCGGGGGGAGAGUUGGGGUGUGAUGGGGGGUGGGGAGGUGGGGGGGGGAGGGGGUCAGUGGGGGGGUGGGGGUGGGUGUGGGAGUGGGGGGGGAUGCUGGGCGGUCGCGUGUGUGUGGGGGAGGUGGCGUGGGGGGUUGUGGGUGGUGGGGGGGGGCGGGGGCGGGUGGUGUGGGGCGGUGGCGUGGGGGUGUAGGGGGGGGGGGGGGGUGGUGGGUUGCGUGUGGUGGUACGACGUGGUUCGGUGGUGGGUGGUGCGGGGGGGGGGAUGCCUUAGGGGGGGAGGGGGGGAUGGGGGGAGUGGGGAGGGGGGGGUGACUUGGGGGGGGGGGAUGGUUUGGGGUGGGGUCGGGGGGGGGGGUGGUGGUGGGGUGGGUGGGAGGGUGUUGUUGGUGUGGGGGCGGGGGGGGGUUGGCGGUGGGGGCGGCAUGGAGGUGGGGGUGGGUGUUGGUGGGUAUGGGUUGGGGGGAUGUGGGGUGGGGGGGGGGGGGGUUGUGGGGGGUGGGGGUGGAUGCGGUGGGUGUGGGGGUGGGAUUGGGUGGUGGGUGGGGGGUUGGGGUUGGUGGGGGAGGGUUGGGGUGGAGGAUGGGGGGGGUGGGUGGGGCGGGUUGGGGGUUGUGGCGGUGGGUUGGGGUGGGGGGGGGGGUGGUGGGUGGAUGUUGAGUGGGCAAUGGGUGGGGGGUGGUCGUGGUGGGGGGGGUGGGGGGGGGGGGGGAGGUGGGGAUGGCGGAGGUGGGGGUGGGGGGGUGGGGUGUGGGUGGGGGGGGGCGGGGGGGGGUGGCGGGGGGGGUGUGUAUGUUGUGGUCUCUCGAGGUGUUGGGCGGGUGGGUGGGGGGUGGUGGUGGUUGCGGGGUGAAGGGGGGGCGUGGAGUGGGGGCGUGUGGGGGGGGGUGGGGAGGGGGGUCCGGGUUGGGGGGUGUGGGGGGGGUGGCGUGGGGGGGGGGGGGCGGAGGUGCGGUGGGAUGGUGUGGGGGUGGGGGGGUGGCUGGGACUGGUCGGUGGGUGGGGUGUGGGGGAUGGGGUUGGAGUAUGGUGGUGGGGUGGUGGGGGAGGUUGGGGUGGUGGGGUGUUGUGGUGGGUGGGUGGGUGUUGGGGGAGCUUGUGGGGGGGGGGGGCGUGGGGAGGGUGGGGGGGGGUAG